UAAAGUCCUUGAGUCCAUUCGCGCGACAGCUUUCAGGAUGAACGGAGUAGCAGUCUUGCUAGUGGUAUGCAGUGCGCUAGGAGCGAGUGCUCUCCCUAUGCUCACAAUACGGCCUGCUUUUCUACUGCAAGAGGCUUCGAACACGCUGGUCGAUCUCGCCAAGAAGGAAAAUCUAACCACCCUCGUCAAACUAGCGACUGAUGCCGGCCUGGCAAAGGUGCUUGAAAGCAAGACUUUGACGUUGUUUGGUCCGACAGAUGCAGCGUUCCAAGCAAUACCUCCAGAAGUGAAGGAUUUGAUUAAAGAUAAGACAGUCUUGAAAAAGGUCCUUAUGUUUCAUGUGCUGAAGGGAAAAGUCUAUUCAAGUGCGAUCAAGAACGACUUGCUGGUGGCGAGUUUGGAAGAUUCCGAGAUUCGAUUCAACAUAUAUGGCAAGAUCGUGACAGCUCAGUGCAGCCUCAUCACCAAGGUGAACCUGAACGCGUCUAACGGAGUCCUUCAUGAGCUAAGCCGCGUGAUGGUCCCGCCCUUAUAUGGAAAUAUCGUUGGCUUUGUGAGAGAGCAGCCCCAACACUUCAGUACACUGUUGGCAGCGGUGGUGGAGGCCACUUUAGAUGGGGUGUUGGAGGGGGAGGGGCCAUUCACUGUGUUCGCACCCUCGAAUGCAGCAUUCACGAAAAUCCCAAAAGAAGAACUCGACAAAAUCCUACAUAACAUCCCACUGCUGACGAAGAUUCUCGAAUAUCACGUGGUGUCUGGGACCUUCUGCUCGGCAGGCCUGACCGACAAGGCCAAGGUCGAGACUCUGUCCGGAAGUGACGUCACAAUCCACGUGUCUAAGGGCGGCGUGAUGGUUAAUAAAGCGAAAGUCGUGUUCUCAGACGCACCUGUGAGCAAUGGCGUGGUGCACGUGAUUGACACCGUGUUGAUUCCACCGGAAGUUGAGGCCGAGCUGACGUCACCGGAAACAGCAAACAAUUUAGUAGAUCUCGCGAAGAAGGAGAAGUUAGAAGAGUUGCUCAAGCUAGCGACAAAGGCCGACAUCGCGAAGGUUUUGUCGAUGUCUGGAGUUGAGUUCACUCUGUUCGGUCCCUCUGAUGGAGCUUUUAAUGCAGUGAAUGGUUACAUCAAAGAGAGGUUGAUGAGAGACAUUGAAUUCUUAAAAGAGGUCCUGUUGUACCACGUGAUCAGGGGUAGAGUGUUCGCGGGCGCAAUAAAGAACGACAUGCUUGAGCCGAGCGUCGUGAAGACCAGUCCUCCUCUUAACAUACGCUUCAACGUUUAUGGUGAUAUCGUGACAGCUCAGUGCAGCCCCAUUACCAAGGUGAACCUGAACGCGUCUAACGGAGUCCUGCACGAGCUUAGCCGCGUCAUGCUCCCCCCUGGCCACGGUCCCAUCACUGGACUCAUUAACAACAUGCCCCACCCAUUCAGCACCCUCAAGAUCGCUAUUGAGAAGGCAGGGCUAGGGGGGGCUCUGUCAGGAGAAGGACCAUUCACCAUCUUCGCGCCGACUGAUGGCGCAUUUUCUAAGAUCCCCAAAGAGGAACUCGAUAAGAUUCUAAAGAAUAUUCCGCUGCUGACCAAGAUACUCAAGUAUCACGUGGUAUCCGGGACCUUCUGCUCGGCGGGCCUUACAGACAACGCCAAGCUCAAGACACUGGCCGGGAGUGACGUCGACAUCCACGUGACAAAGGAAGGCGUCACAAUAAACGAUGACGGCAAGGUGCAGUUUGCAGAUGCUUCGGUGUCGAAUGGAGUUCUGCAUGCGAUCGAGGCUGUUCUGUUGCCACCAGAUGUGAUAUUCUAGUUGUACGUGUGAAGAGCGAAACUUUACUCAAAUAAUGAAAAAAUAGCUAUAGGUACUUACGUGUAAAAGUUGAUUAAAGAACAAUGACGAAA